AUGGACUUCCACUCGGCCAAUUGUAUCAAGCCACGGUUGGUUACCAUGGUCCCCUUGAUGCUGAACAUGAGAUGGACUGCCCCAACGAGGAAGGAACUUGCUCUUUACCUUUUUGUUAUUCGUACAUUCUACGAUAUACCAUCGCCUCGGUGUGGUUUAUGGCGGCCGUGCGGUCGACUCCAGCUGCACCUUAUGUCAAGAAACCCUGCCCAGCCACGCCUCCUGGUCCUGUUGGAUAUUCUUUUCUUCUUCCACCGUGCUUCAUGGCUCCCUCGACGAACCUACCUAGGUUUCAAUAGUUUCCUCCUAACACCUAUCAAGGGCUGUCCCAUGUCAAGCCUGUUUGUGAAGAUCCGUCGUGACGACCUGACCUUCCAGGUGGGCAGUAGAUUAUACAUACCUUCCAAUACCCAACCAAAAGUAUCUCCCGGUCUCCAAAUAUAA